AUGUGUUGUGGAAGUGAUUGUCAGGGAAGUGGUUUUUGGAGAAGAAAAUUAAUGUGUCGGGAAAGUAAUUGUUGGAUAAAUGGUUUUCAGAGAAGUAAUUGUCAGGGAAAAAAAUUUCAAGGAAAUGAAAAUUUCGGGGAAAUAAAAAUUUUGGAAAAGUAA